AUGGCCGUUUUGGACAAGGAUCGUCCUCGCGGCCUGCGAGUGCCUUCUCUCUCCUCCUUCAGAUCUAAACACAAGUCGCCAACAGAGCCAGCUCCCACGAUUCAACUGCCUUCGGCGUCGCACUUGUCUCUCCAGACAGACUCCUUUUCGGUGACAUCUUCUAAGCCAACAGAAAAGACAUUGCCGCCCCAUCCGCAGUUUUCCCCGCAACAGCCCUCCUCACCUGUAGUGGUAAAUCCAUAUCCUUCGCCACCGCAGAUAUACAGCAAUCAGCCUGCCAACGGGCCUGUUCAGAACUCAAACCCAAGCCAGGCCACUGGUAACGAUGCUCCUCUCCCUCCUCUACCAGCAAACAGACCUAUGCCCCGACCUUUCCCUCAGACGACAUCACCACCGGCCAGGCGCCCGAUUCCUGGGUCUGCGACAGCACCAGCACCAUCGUUAGCGCCAGCACCAGAACCAACGCAACCACCAGUAUAUGCACCUGUGCCUGUUCCACCGGUGAACCCAACUGUCGUGCAACAGAGAACGCCACCAUCGAGCGACGAGGAACCGGAGCAGAGACAUUCCAAUGGCACAAACGACUCAUUAGAGGGCUUCAUCCCGGAUCCAGAGCCAGAGCCAGAGCUAGAUGGCACCAAUGGUACGCCGUAUGAGGCUGGGUCCAGCGAGGAGGAUGAUAGACCCUUCACGCCGCCAGAAGUCGAGCCGGUUUCUGUUCCGUUAAACAAACUGCACUAUUCCUGCUACCAGGAGCACCGUGCGAUGCCCGUCGCCAAUAACGUGUGGUAUGCGCUGCCCUGCAUGACUUGUCAGAAGUUCGACCGCGAGAUCCGACAUCGAUGUGUCUUUUGCUGUCUGCGCGUCUGCGCGGAUUGCUUCCAGGCACUGAAGAACUGUCCACGUCGCUCGCUGGCACAGCUGAUGGAAACGAUUUCAACGAACGGAGAUGCAGAAAACUAG